AUGGCCUCUUCACAGACCAACGACGUGAAAUCAGCCAUCGAGGCUACUGUAAAAGGCUAUCUUACAUCCUUUAUCGACGCUCGUGUUCAGAACAAUCCCUCUCUUGUCAACCGAAACGUCACAUCGGACUGUGCACGAUCUUUGCUUCCCUCCACCUUGGGCGGCGGCUUCACUAUGACAAACGACCAAUACCUUCACGUCUUCACCGAAGGUCUGAAAGCUGGCGGCAUGCAUAAAAACACCAUCUGCGACUUGAUCAUUGAUGCUGAGGCCCGGAAGGCAGCUGUCACGACUGUUGCAGAGUUGGUAUUCAAUAAUGGCGAAGAGUUGAAGCUGGAUUUCUCAUGGUUUCUGCACUUUAGCGAAGAUGGGGACAAGAUUUGCAAGAUUGUUGAGUUUGUGGAUAGCGAUACGUUCAAAGGUGUUAAAGGAAGAGAGGCAGAGUUGAGUGGUGAGGCGCAGAAGGAUGCGUAG